AUGACCAAACGACGAUUAGAAGCAGUAGAAGAGGAAGUUUCUGUCAGGGUGACUCGCAGUCGAAACUCACCAACAUCAACUCCAAAGACACCCACAACUCCAAAAAGGGUAUUGACUGACUCAUUGAGACAAUCAAAAGGACGAGAGAAUGUCAAACCUUCAAAGGUUCUUACUCCCAAGCACUCUGCUGCAGCAAGUAUCGCUACUGCUCGAAAACAACAAGAUGUAAUCGUCAAAGAAGAUGACGAUGACGAUCUAUCGAAGGUUAUACCUGUUACUCCAAAGACAGUCAAAACACCUCUUGCUGUUGCUACUGCUGCCGCUCGAACUCCGAUUGCUCGUACACCCACAUCUAUAUUUCAAGAAGCCAAAGGUGUCUUUCGCAGAUCAUCAACUCCCAGCAGAUUGGUUGGUCGAGACAAGGAACGCGCUGUCAUUACACAAUUCUGGCAAGAAAAUGUGUUUGCUAAACGGGGUGGUUCGUUGUAUAUAUCUGGUGUUCCUGGAACUGGAAAGACAGCUCUUGUUGAUGAGAUUUGUAAAUCUUUGGAACCGACGUUUGCUGAGUGUGGUUUUAAAAUCCAUGUCCACAAGAUGAAUUGUAUGACUAUCAAAGAACCCAGAUCCAUCUAUCCAAAGCUAUUGGAGUUGAUUGAAGGAAGUGUGGUUGAUUACAAGGCUGCUGUUCAUGACUUGGGAGAACUCUUUGUUCCAACCAAGAAGGCAAAUACGAUGCAUGUCGUAAUCUUGGACGAAAUUGAUCAUUUACUGACACGAGACCAAGAAGUCUUGUAUAAUCUCUUCCAAUGGCCUCUCAUGACUGGCUCUCGUCUCUCUUUGAUUGGUAUUGCCAAUGCAUUGGAUUUGACUGAACGAUUCCUACCUCGUCUUAAAGCCAAGGACUGUAUGCCAACCUUGUUGAACUUUGUACCAUAUCAAGUCAAUGAGAUUACUGCCAUCAUACGUGAGCGACUAGGAUCUCUCUCACCCACAACCAAAACUUUGUCUCCUCAAAUCAAUGACGCCAAAAGGACACUUCCACUGAUGCAACCAGCUGCUAUCGAGUUCGCUGCGCGUAAAGUAGUAGGUACUGGAGAUGUGAGGAAGGCUCUCGAUGUCUGUCGACAAGCAUUGGAAGUACUUGAAACGAGCUUGUCUAGUGGCCCAAAGUCACCUACUCCAGCAUCAACGUCCUCGAUGGAUGUUGAUCUCAUGCCCAAAGUCACUGUACAACACGUGGCAAAGGCAGCAUCAGCAGCACUAAACAGUUCCAACUUGGCUAGUACAUCCAUGAUUUACGAGCUGAAUGCACAUCAAAAGAUGGUCAUGGCUGCUUUAUUGGUGUGCAGGAAGAAGGGUGUUGAGUCUACCAGUGGCAAGGUAUACGAAGUGUAUGGUGACCUGCUCAACAAGUCUAUGAGUUUGAUGCCACAUCCAUACUCGAUCUUUACCAGUAUGUUGGAAGGAUUGGCCUCAUCCUCUCUGGUCUCCCUUGCAAGAGGGAAAGGAAAAGAUUCUACACGAUCCACCGUCGUUGCCUUGUCUGGAGAUGCUGAGCAUAUCGAGAAGGCUCUACUUGAAAACGAUACGGGAGGACGAUUGAGCGAUGCCAUCAAUGGUGUCGUGCAUGGAGUGCUACCAGCAUUUGCCUCUGCCCAAUACUUUUACACUAAUGUGUAUCAGUCCUCUGAUACUACAUGCUCAGGACCUCCAAACAUUGUAUACGCUUCAAAAGCUACUUGCUCAUCAUCAGCUGCGUCUACGCCCUUCGGAUGUACAUUGCAGAAUGGUGUCUACGUCAAGGGCUUUUGCAGUGGUUCUUUACCUUCUGAUUAUAUUCAAACAUUGACAAGUCCUAUUGUUUCGUACUUUGGUGAAAUAUUGUACAACGGUGGAUGUCCUGCUAACGGAGGAAUCACCUGGACGUAUGCUAGAAACUACUUUUGUGUUCAUGCUGGGGCAAAGUCCAUCCCUGUUGGAGAGGGUGAUACUAUCUCAACGACCGGAGCUAGUACCUACUCUGUGAAUGCCACUCAUUAUACUAUCAGUAUUUGGUACACGUCAGCUACUUGCUCAUUCGCAGCAAAUUCUAUAUCGUACAGAGCACGAGCUACUGCUGAGCUCUGUUCUACUCCUGUAAUGGGCAGCAGCCAACUCGAUGUCUUUGUGAAUUACACUGUGCCAGUCGGUCCUGCCAGCUACUUUUACACCGUCACAUACUCGGACUCGACAUGUGCUAAUAACAAUGCCAAUAUUAUCUUUGUCCAAAAUCCAAACGGAGCUUUACCCCUCUGCCAAAUAACCUACACCGAAUUUGGUUGUACAUUGCAGAAUGGUGUCUACGUAAAAGGAUUCUGUUCCGAAACCGCUCCACCAGCACAAGCAGGAUCUGUAGCUCUAGGAGGUGUUAGCUUCUUUGGACAAAUUUAUUAUGCUAGCAGUUGCAAGGCUGGCAACGAGAUCCAUUGGACUUACGUGAGGACUGACACAUGUGUCCACAGUGGCAGUCAAAGCACACCAAUAGGACAAGGCGAUAGUAUAAGUAGUAGUGGCUCCUCAAUGUAUUCAGCCAAUGCAACCUCCUUUACAAACAAAGUGUGGUCACCUUCUCUCUCAUGCAGUGGAGCACCACUCUAUGUUUCAUAUCAAGACAGGUCUACCUCUGAAGUCUGUAGUACUCAAGUUGAAGGCGGUACCGAGAUCAGUGUGUUGAUUGGUGGAACAGCUACUGCCACUGGUACAGCAAUCCCUACAGGAACCGCAAUUUCAACAGGAACAGCAAUACCAGCUCCAGCUUCCUCGGCUCCUAAUCAGCUUGCGUGUGGAAUGCUUUCUAUGGGACUUACCGUAGCUGCUUUAUGUUGGAUCUAG